AUGGACACCAUUACUAAUAAACACAGAGAAGCUAUGGACGCUUGGAACAAUCUAAUUGAAGGAAAUGAAAAACCUGACGAUGAUGAAAUCUACAAUGUGGUAAAUAGUAUGAAAAAGAUUUCUAUAUUUUAUUCAUGUCAUAACUUAGGGCCUUGGAAUUUGUGGGAUAUCAUUUUCAAAGACUUAAAAAUGGCCCAUGAAGGUUCAAACCCACUACCAGAAGAAGCUAUCAAAUAUAGCAUUGCUGCGUGUAUGUUUGCUACAAUGUGGGAAUUACACAGUGUUGAAAAUGUUUUGGAAAAUGGACGUAACGAAGAUAUAGAAGAACAAGUGGCGCAAGUUAAGACUAAGCUCUUUGAUUUCAUGGAUGUUCUUCGAUUAAUUUUGGCACAUUCUACUAAUCCUUUAUUCAAGGAAAAGGCUAUAUAUCAAUAUGUGACUUACUUGUCGUUUUUUGUAAUCAAUUGGGUGUUAAACAUUAUCCAGUUCUGGGAAAUCUCAUUUAUGAUUCUGACAAAAAACUUCAAGAUUUAUUGA